UCGGAUAUGGACCUCCAUCAGUACCUUCACCACCACCCAAGGUACGCUCCUUCCUCCUCUUCUUCCGACCCUCCUCCUAAUUUCCCAAACUACCCUCACCGCACCACCAACUACCACCACCGCCGCCACUCCCCUUCUUCUCCGUCGCAUCCCCAAAGAACCUUCUCCCCCCGCCCCAUCGAUUCCGAUCAUUCCCGAGCCUUCUCCCCCCACCGCCCUCCGCCUCCCGAUUCCGACCGGCCGCGCUACCGCCUCUACCUCGAGGACUACCGCGACCGGUCCAGGAACUACUCCCCCCGGCCGCGCGAUUACGACUGCGAAUUGCAUAAACCCUACCGCCGCGACCCCGACGGUGGCGGCGCUAGGUUCAGAUCGGAGUACGAGGAGCGGGACCGCCGAGCUGACGACAGCGGCGGCGCUAGGUUUAAACCGGAGUACGAAGAGCAACACUGCCGUGUCGUCCGUCGCUCGAGCAACCGCGACACGGCGGCGAUUGGUGAAGUGGAGUACAUGAAUUCGGGUUGCUACGAUGAGAGCGCGUAUGAGGAGCUGUUGAGGAGUGGGAGGAGGUAUAAGAGGUAUGAGAUUCAAAGGUGGGGCCUUGAGAGGCCUCAAUCGGAGGAGGUGGAGGUGGAGGUGGAGGAGGGUUUGUAUGAUCCUUUCGAAUUGGAUGAACAGGAUGAAGCCGAAAAUCGGAUUGUUUCGGAGAGUAGGGAGAGGGAGUAUUAUGGUUUAGAAUCAGGGAGAAGAACUAGUAGUGAUAGUAGAUGGAAGCAGCAGGUGCAUAAGAAGAGUGUUUUGCUUAGGCUUCAGACGCCCAAGCCCCGGGAGAGGAAUUACUCGGGUUAUUAUGAUGCUUCCGGCUCCGGUGGGGCAUUCAGAGGGAAGGAGGUGUUUGAGUAUGAGUAUUUAGGCCAUGGGAGGAAGGAAGGAGUUGAAGAAGUUGGUGGAGGAGUGGAUGGGAGAGGUGGGAGUAGUCCUCUGGACCUGGACGUUUCAUUUAAGUCGAAUUCGCUGGUGGCUAAGACGACGGUUAGAACUAGGGAGGAGGAGAGGAGAGAUUCAGGUUCCGGUUCGGAUAUGGAUUGUUCAGAGUCGCCGCCUGCUAAGCGCAGUGAGGAUGUCGUAAAUGUGGAUGCUUUGGGGCUUGUUUUGAGUAAGACGUCCAGUCCUGCAAAGGAUGGAGUAGUUACUAGUUCUGACAUGAACUCGCAGCCUUGUUCUGUUGUGACUGAUGAUGCGUUUGUAACGAGUGAAGUGGAAGUAGCAGAAGCGAAGGGCAAGGGUUUAGAUAAAGAUGGCAAGGAUGUUGGUUCCAGUGAGCAGAAGUCUUUUCCCAACACUCCUAAGAAGACCAAAGUAGUGAAGAAAACAGUGAUCAAGAAGAUAGUGAAAAAGGUGACAAACCCGUCAAAAGGUAAGAUUGAUGAACCCGGGACGAGUUUUGUUCAUAGUCCAUCUGCCAGCACUGACAAAGGUGAAAUGUCUUCCAUUUCUAAUCCUUGCGCUAAUGACCUGUGUGUGAUGCCUGUAGAUAAGAAAGUAGAAGCUACUUUGCCGAAUGUUGUAUCAGAUGAAGAAGGCAUUGUGAUAAACUCUUGUAGUGAGAAUAUUGGGAACGACUCAACCUCAAAUUUGGGUUAUUCGAGUCCUGAAGAGAUUAAUACUGAUCAGAAUAACGCUCUGAGUGUAGAUACCCCAGUCAAGGGCUUGGUUACCGUUUCAAAUUCUAACAGCAACGCAACUGAUUCAAUUAGGGUAGCUACUUGUUCUGAAGCUGGUGUUGUGGAUGUCAGCACAUCAAUUUGUCAGAGCGGAGACAUUUUAGCGGUCAAUGAAGUUGUACUAAAAGAAUCAUCACAACCCACGUUGGCUGUAGAAAGCAAUUCCAGCUCUGAUAUCAUAAAUUCAGAUAAGAUUGAUGAACUUAUGAAUGCCAGCAAAACAAUCUGUCAGAGUGGAGAUGUUUUAGCGGUUCAUGAAGUUGUACCAAAAGAAUCAUCACAAGCCAUGUUGGCUGUAGAAAGCAAUUCCAGCUCUGGUUUCUUGAAUUCAGAUAAUCUGCAUGGACUCACGAAUGAAAAGGGUUCCGAACAUGGUGCUGAAACUACCUCAGAGAAACUGUCACAUCGGGAUAUCAUUGUUCCUGAUGUUGGCACUUUGGAUGUGGUAAGCAAACAACCUUGUAGAAAUCAGCUCCAUACAUCACUUCAAAAUGGUGGUGUAUUAGAAGAACAUCCUGAGGCUACAUCUUCAGCAGAAAAUAAUUUGUCUGCUGUUUUGUCGAGUUCAGAGGAGACUAAAGCUGUCCGCUCCAAGAUUGGUAGACGUACCAGGUGGGAUUCUGAUGUGGUUUAUAUUAAGAAAGAUAAGAGUGUUACAGUUUCCAUUGGUGGGAAUGCCAAUUUUACUGGCAAAGACCCAUCCCCUGAAUGUGCAUCUAGAUCUUUUAUAAAUUGUGCCACAGAAAGACUUGCAAAUAUUCCAGUGUCAGUUGGAGAGACUAAGAGUGCAACACCUAUGAUUCAAAAUAAGAGAAAAAUUAAGUCGCAGUUGGACUCUUCAAGGAUAUCCUAUACUUGUGCAGAUCCUGUAAAUAUUUCUGUCCGUGAAAGACCCUUGGAUACUACAGCAAGUUCAUUCCUGAAGGAUCCUAGUCAUGCAGAAGUUUCUGGUGUUCAAAUGACAGAUGUGGGAUCACAGCCUGGUAAUGAUGGGGUCAGUAUUUUAAAUGGAAAAUGUUCAGUAAAUGGGUUUUGUGAUACUAACUUUUCAGGUAGAAUUGAUGUCGAGUAUGAUACCAAUGAGACUUCACCCGAGUCAAAGAGGAGAAAAGUAUCAGGCUCUCAAUUGGCUUUGACGUCAGUUCAAACCAAUGGAGGACCUGCAAAUAAAUCUACAUCUUGUACGCACACAUCUUUAACUCAUAAUGAUGUUUCAACAGAUCAAGCAGACAAAGGUGCUUCUUCUUGCAUAGGUUCUCAGUGUGCUACUUCUAAUAUUAUUCCUUCUCCCAUGGAAAUCAAUGAAUAUCUUGAGGAUAUAAUGGCUGCAGUAUCAUCUGAAACUGUAGCUAUAGCUAGGGACUCCUCUACUACUGAUGAUAUGAAGUUUGAGCGGCAAGGUGUUGAUUCUUUUACAUUUUCUGAAGUGUCAGGUAAUCAACAUAUGGAAGUUCCAUGCCCUUCACAAUUGAAAAUUGAUGAGAAAGAGGAUGGUACUGAAAUUAUGGUUUUAAAUAAUCAUCACCUUGAUAUAGAUGGUUGUCAUGAAAAAGAUAUUGAUGUUUCUGCAACAAAUGAUCACAUUAUGGUCCAAGGUGAGGCUCCAUGUACAUCUCAUUCAGAUGUCCAGCGUGCAAAUUUAAGUGAUAAUUCUUUCGGUAGAAAUAUGGAAUCAAAUGGCCUCAGUAUCAAGGAUAAAUUGCCUUUUGUGCCAAGUGGUCUGUUGUCAGUUGGUAAUGGCAAUGAAGUAACGACUACCAACUCGAGUGAUGAAGGCAUGAAGUCUGUGCCUGAUAUGCUGUCGGAAACAGGUACUCCAGAGACUCCCACUAGUAUCACUGACGUGCAUCUGCUGAUUUGUAAUCCUUCAGUUAUGAAAAGUUUUGACGAAAAAGUUUGUGGGAAUGACAAGAAAUUAGAGGCGAAGUCUGACGUUGCAUCUACUGGGAAUUUAUUCGCAGAGACCAAAACUAAUUUAACAUUAGUUCAUGGGACUGAAGGUCACCAAUCAGUCACAGGAAAGAUUGUACCUUUCAAAUUGCAGGAUUCCAAAAAGACAUCUCAUGGUCCGCAUCUCAUAAGCGCUGAAUCUGCAUUGAAGAACCAGCUAGGUCAGGCUACCCAUAAGAAUGUUCCAGGUCGUCCAUAUCCCGCCUUCACUACCUCACAGAAGGCUACCUCUUCAACGCAUAUAUCAAAGCCUCGGACUUGGCAUCGAAAUGCUAAUGCAUCUGCAAUUCCUCUUCAUGCAAGUACUGUUCCACCUCAAAGGCAGUUGUCACAAAGAAAUGGAAAGCUUGAAAGUAAUUCUUAUGUUCGUAAAGGUAACACCCUUGUUAGAAAACCUGCUUUAGUUGCUGCUGUACCACAAAGCUCUCAAGAUCUCAAUUCAUCCGUUUAUCAGUUGAAUAUGUCAGCUACAGAUGCAUUGAAGAAGAAUGCAGGAUUUGACACGAGAACAGGUGGGAUAAUUGCCCCUUCAGAUAGGCCCACAGCCCCACUACCCAGUGGAGUCAAAAUGUCUACAUCUGCUGCCAUCUCUUUGGAGAUUCCAUCCUCAUUAGCUGAACCUCCUCUAACUGAUUUCCUUGAAACUAAAUCAGAUCCUAUGAAUUGUUCAGGGAUGAAAGAUGUAGAAGGAUCAGUGGACUUGCCGGCAACUUCUGAUACCCAGGAAUUCCAUAGUGGCCCAGUCAACAAUCUACAUGAUGGGAAUUUGACUUCUUCAAAUGUGAAGAAGGUUAUAUAUGUAAAACGAAAAUUAAACCAGUUGGUUGCAUCUUCAAAUCCUUUAGACCUUUCUGUCCACAAUGCUGAUAAGAACCAACCCUCAGAUGGUUACUACAAGAGGCGCAAACAUCAGUUAAUUAGGUCUUCUUUGGAUAGUAAUGGCAAAGGGACGGUUCUCCUGCCCACUGACAAUCUAAAUUCAGGGGUGCAAAAGGCUCGUAAGGUUAUACCUAGUAGAACAUUUAACAAGAAGCGAUCACUUAAGGCUGUUGCAAGGACAAGUAUAAAAAGCUCUUUGGUCUGGACACCAAGUGGUACACAGUCAUCAAUUAAGAAUGGUAGCUCAUAUGACCAUCGGAAGAUUUUGCCUCACCUGUUUCCGUGGAAAAGAGCAACAUACUGGAGAACUGUCAUGCAAACACAGGCUUCCAAUUUCAAUUAUAGUUCCUCAACAACAAUCAGUAAAAAGUUGCUGCUCUCAAGGAUGAGGGAUACCGUAUACACUAGGUCAACCCAUGGCUUUUCACUUAGAAAGUACAAGGUAUUAAGUGUUGGUGGAUCUAGUUUAAAAUGGUCAAAAUCCAUUGAAAGUCGCUCAAAGAAAGUAAAUGAGGAAGCUACACGGGCUGUUGCUGAAGUAGAGAAGAAGAAAAGGGAACACAAUGAUUCAACCUGCACUAGUUCUGGUUUAAAAAUCAGAAAUUCGCCAGCAGGAAAACGAAUAUUUCGCAUUGGCUCUGUUCAUUACAAAAUGGAUCCUUCUAGGCGGACACUUGAGAGGAUUUCAGAUGAUGAUUCCUCGAACUCUGCAGUGCUGAAUUCAGAAAAUGAUGUCAAGAGAUCUUAUGUUCCAAGGAGAUUGGUGAUUGGGAAUGACGAAUAUGUGCGCAUUGGAAAUGGUAAUAAGCUCAUCAGAGAUCCAAAGAAACGAACUCGCAUAUUGGCAAGUGAAAGAGUUAGAUGGAGUUUGCACACUGCCAGACAGCGUUUAGCUAAAAAAAGGAAAUAUUGCCAGUUUUUCACACGUUUUGGGAAGUGUAACAAGGAUGAUGGAAAAUGUCCCUAUAUACAUGACUCAUCCAAAAUUGCAGUCUGCACAAAGUAUCUGAAUGGUUUAUGUUCCAAUCCCACCUGCAAAUUGACCCACAAGGUCAUUCCAGAAAGAAUGCCAGACUGUUCUUUCUUUCUGCAAGGUUUAUGCACCAAUAAAAAAUGUUCUUACAGACAUGUAAAUGUGAACCCGAAAGCAUCUAUUUGUGAAGGAUUUCUUAAAGGUUAUUGUGCUGACGGAGAUGAGUGUCGGAAGAAGCACAGCUAUGUCUGCCCGACUUUUGAAGAAACAGGAACGUGUCCUCAAGGGCUCAACUGCAAACUUCACCACCCUAAAAAGCGAACGAAGGGAAAGAUAAAGAAACGAUCAAUAGAACAUAAAAGUGGUUGGGGACGUUACUUUGUUUCCAAGGAUGUCGCUCUUUCUGAGCCUGUAACUGUGUCUGCAAAGCACUGUGCACACAAUGGUGACGACAUAUUUGGUAAUGAUUUCAUUAGCAUCAAUGGUAGUGAUGAGGAGGCUGGAGAAAGUAACAUUCCACCUGAGCAAACAACAUUUUACGACAGUAAUCCUUCUGAAUUAGACUUAGAUGAUCUUGAUGAGCUAGUUAAACCGGUACUUUUGUUGGAUAAGAUGAAGACGAACAACUUCUGAAGUGGCAGCCAAAGAGAUACAUGAUUUAUACCAUGUAAUGUAGUUGACUACUUGCCGACAGUAUGAUUGGGUAAAUUGAUUUGCGAGAGUAUAGGCUCCCCUUUUUCUUUGAUAAGGUGGAGGUCUUUAGGCCAAGGGAAGAUCCUAAACAGGAACUGGUAUGAGCUUGUGUACCAGCUGAAGCAGGGCUACAGAGAUAUGGAACCCAAGGUGCCUGCGCAUAAUUGUGGUGCAAAAGAAAGCACCAACAAGGAGACUGGGGUAAAAGGUUUUUUUGGUUGUCAAGCUGAGUAUAGCCAGACUUGCGGAUUCUGGGAGGGUCAGAAGAGAUGUUUAUGGAAGACCUUGCGGCCAAUAUUCACUCCAAUGUUCCCAUCUGAGAGAGUUAGCAGCAGAUUCUGCUUAGCGGGCACCAAGUCAAGUGCACGCUGCACUAACCAGAGUUCAUUCUUUUUCUAGGAUUAGAGGUUUCUUUCUUUUUGUUUGUUUUUCUAUACUCUUGAUUGUUGUCCAUGUACAUUUGAUAUACAAGAUAAAUUGAAUUGAAUGGUAAAGCAUUAAAUCUUUGAGUAAGAAACAGAAUG